UUAAUAUUCAGAGUAGGCUGUGUGAAGCUAGUUGAGUCAAGAUGGUUCGCUUCUGUCCAUUUCCGCUCUCGCUCGCAGACGAAAUUCCACCACUGUGACAGAGAUUGUCGCACGCAUGUGCGGAGGGACUCGCAGGCUUCCGUCAGAACUCCGUCGUGCUCAUUACGUAAACGAUGGCAGCGCUUCAUAAACGUCGGCAGGAGCUCGGAGACAGAAAGUCGUCGCCCGGACGACCGUCUGCCACAUCCGACAGAGCCGCGCCAGCUGACGGCUCCACGCUCUUCCUGAAGCUGGUGGCCGCGGGAUUUUACGGAGUCAGCUCGUUUUUCAUCGUUGUCGUCAACAAAAGCGUCCUCACCAACUACAGAUUUCCAUCGUCAACAUGUGUUGGAAUCGGCCAAAUGUUGGCUACGAUCGUAGUCCUGAGGACUGGGAAGCUGCUGGGUGUGAUCUCGUUUCCAGAUCUGGAUCUGAGUACACCACGCAAAAUGUUUCCGCUGCCUCUGCUGUACGUCGGGAAUCAAAUUUCAGGGCUGUUCGGAACACAGCGACUCAACUUGCCCAUGUUUACAGUUUUGAGGAGGUUCAGCAUUUUCCUCACCAUGGUGUUUGAGGGGAUCUUGCUGAAGAAAACGUUCUCUGCUUCGGUUAAAAUGACAGUUUUUACCAUGAUCUUUGGUGCGUUUGUUGCUGCCAGCGCUGAUUUAGCGUUUGACCUUGAAGGAUACGUAUUCAUCAUGCUGAACAACGCCCUGACGGCGGCCAGCGGCGCUUAUGUGAAGCAGAAACUUGACUCCAAGGAGCUGGGGAAAUACGGGCUCCUUUACUACAACGCUUUAAUCAUGAUUUUCCCCACUUUGGCCUACGCUUACUACUCAGGAGAUUUACAAACGGCGUUGGCGUAUAAUGGAUGGUCUGAUCAGCUGUUUGUUGUGCAAUUUGUGCUCUCCUGCGUCAUGGGCUUCGUUUUGAUGUACUCCAUCAUGCUGUGCACGCUGCACAACUCGGCACUCACCACCUCCAUCGUGGGCUGCAUAAAGAAUAUCCUCGUGACCUACAUUGGAAUGGUGUUUGGUGGAGACUACAUAUUCACCUGGACUAACUUCAUCGGUCUGAACAUCAGUAUCGCCGGGAGCCUGGUGUACUCCUACAUCACCUUCACACAGGAGCGAACAAAAAAGGAGUAAAACCCAGAGUCCUGACCCAACACUGAUGGGCUACAGACGUCCACAACACAUUCCAUGUUGCCUGUGUACUGUAUGUGGAGACCAUGCUGUUCAGAUGUUCUACAGUUUUGUUUUUAUGUAGUCAGGGUUCCCACACCUUCUUAAAGGAUAAGUUCAGCCAAAAAUUAAAAACAUUGCAGCAUUCUCCUAUAUAACUGAAGCAGAGGUGGUCUUCUUUAAUACAAACAUAAAAAAGCAGAAACUUGAAAGUCUCCAGAAGCUCCAGAGAUCUCAAACUGAUCCGAAAAGAUGUUGUUUACAUCCUACCGUCUUCACUUUAUCUUCAUUCUAAUCUUCACUGUAGCCGCUAGCGUGCAACCCAUCUGAUGCGGGUGCACAAGCUCAACUGUGUGUCGAGGGUGUACAUAACAUCUUUUUUCAAAUCAGUUGGAUCUUACAAGUCCCCAUCCAUUCUUCAGUUGUUUCAAAGAAUGCUGUAACAAUGUUUUACUGUAAAGGUCUAGAAAUCAAGGGACAUUCCAGGCCCAGUUCAUGGAGUCACCAUGGCGUACUUGAGACAAAGAUCAAUGUUAAUUACUGUUACAACAAUGAGGACAUGUAUUUUGAGAAUUAGCUGGCUCUACAGAAGCUCAGAGACAAUUCAAAAAAGAGAGAGGCUUGACUGUAUGGAGGCAGGGAGCUGUGGUGCACAUACAUGCAGUCAGUGCCACAUCACCUAUUCAGUAAUGUUAGGUUAAAAAAAAUCUCCCUUAACUCAAACUUCUAUUCCUGCACAAAAUAUAUAAAUCAAGGCAUUUUUAAUGACCCGUGCCAAUUUGUGUCCUAUUUCUAAUACUUUCAAGGCCUUGAAUAGCUCCUCAACUUCACAAACUUUUCAAGGGUGUAACAGCCCAUGGGAACCCUGGAUUUCUUCAGUUCAUGUUAAUGCUGCGAUCAUGUGAAGUUGUUUUAUGCGACACUAUCAUCGUGUUUUAUACCUGUGAUUAAAAGUGCCUUAAGUUUUAUAAUUGUGUUUCACUGAUUAAAUGCAAAAUUGUGUAUUUUUAUACUGGAUGGCGAAAUAAAAUUCUAGGGUGUGGAUUA